UGAGUUGCGUCAGAUUGAUGCGCCGACGCGUCACGUCAUACCUCUGGUGGUGAGAACUCAUCAGCUGUUUGGAGAAGGGUCUCUGAAAAAUCAUGGGUAGGAGUUACUUUGUUGAUGAAACUGUGGAAAAAUAUCUUGGUGGUCUUCUGGCAGAUCCCGGAUCAUGUGUGACUGGACUCCUGGCUGGUCAGUCCUCUCCUCAACGAGAUUUUGUGGUGCUGGCCGUGCAAACUCCUCAGAGGGAGAGUGAGGGGCAGCUGAAGUCUUCUAGAGGAAGCAGCCCACUGGAUGACAUUGAUGUGGAGUGGGUCACAGAACAUGCCAGGCAGGUGUCCCGCAUGUUACCAGGAGGUCUUUGUAUUCUUGGCUUGUUUUUAGUGACCCCACCUGAACUCUCCAAAGAUGCACAAAACACAUUAAAAAGGCUUAUAUUUGCCAUGGAUAAAUGCAUAAGUAAGGGAAGAUUGUGGCAACUGACUGAGGAGGAUGUGACCGAUCGAGUCACCCUGCACAUCUGCUCCAAAACAAAGAAAACUGUCUGCAAAACGCUUGAUGUAAAAGAUCCAAAGAGUUCGGCCAAGCCAGCAGACUGGAAGUAUCAGACAUGUGUCUCGUCAUCAUGGCCCAUGUUGACCUGCUCUCUUGAGCUGGAUUUGCAGAUUCCUGUGACAGGAUCUUCCUCCGAUAACACGGACAAGUGCAUAAAGGAUUGUCUUACGAGGUGGGCCAAACAGAUUGAGGCUGGUAACUGUCUCAUAAGUGGCAGACAGGCAUUAGAUGACUCUGAACUCAUCUCAGGACAGAAAAAGAACCUAAAGACAACCCAUCGUCAGACUUUCCCAGCACGGAUCCUUGUCUCAGAUGAGCAGCCAGAGUUGGAUGAGCGGUCCAGUGCUCUAGUUCAGCUGUGCAGUGGCUCCAUGAGGGUUCGAGGGGUGGUUCACUGCAGGGCCUACAUCCACAACAACAAACCCAAAGCCAGACAUGCAGUACAGGCCAUUAAGAGAGACAUCAUAAACACGGUUUCCUCUAGAGUGGAGAUGUUUCUGGAAGAUCUUUUAAUAAGUGAAGGGAGUCGCAAAGGUCUGUGCACUGGGCAACAGGCUCUUCCUCGGCGUGUGUUUGCCCCAAUGCCCUUCUCCGGCCUGUCUGUGUGUGACUACAUGUUCCCAGAUGAAAGUACAGCUGAUGUGGCCGAUCGUCUUAAAGAGAUGCUGGACUGGGAAACACCAGAAGAGGACAUAGAUAUUAGUAUGGAGAGCAAUCAGUUAUUCUCGCCUGAAUUGGAGAUGAAUGACUGCCACGUUGAUGAUUCUAGUAAACGUGUCAUGUCAGAAGUUCAAGUUGAAAAUCCCCAGAUUCACAAAGCCCCUCAAUACUAUGCUGGUGUGGCAGUAGCAGCAACCAUUGCUCUCCUUGCCACAGCCACAUCUCUGCUGUAUUUUAGUGAGUGAUGAUGGAAAUAGCAAAUAAGUCUGUAUGAAUUUACAAAAUGAUUGCAGUUUUGUGGAUUGUGGCAGUAUUUUCCUGUAUUGCCAGUGUGCCAUUUGUCAUGUCAUUAUCAAACGGGUUUCUUCUGGCUUGUGUAACCACUUACCAUGAAAGGCAUACAGGAACUGACGUAUUAAAUUAAUGUAAUUAAAUAUAAUUGCCGGAAACA